UUGUCAGAGGUAAACAGAGAUGCAGUGUCAAACAUGGCUGUUCUGAAACUAGUGUUGUUGGUGGUGGUGGUGGCGGCGUGGUGUGAGGCAGCUUCGAUGGCGCCGAGCGAUCCCUGCUUCAACUACGACGACAAGGCCAAGGCUGAGAAGAAGUUGAAAGACAGCAACAUGGAUAGUGGACUAGCAUGGCACCGUCCGCAAUCCUCGACGUCUCGCGUCGAGGAAGAGUUGAUGCAGAAGAGCGCACGAGCUCUUAACAACACCACGGAUCCUCUGGAGAAACUGCGUCUGCUGUGUCUUUCACGGGGUGCUUCGGGUAUCAUGGGGCUGGCCAGGAUCUUCCGAAGAAUGGAUGACGAUGGAAGCAAACAACUUAACAAGGAAGAGUUUUUCUCGGGCAUCAAGGACACUGGACUUGAAAUUAGCAACGAGGAUACAGAGAAAUUGUUCACUCAGUUCGACACAGAUAACAGCGGUUCUAUUAGUGUCGACGAAUUCAUCAAACAGCUUCGUCCUCCGAUGUCCGAUGGCCGCCGUGCUAUAGUCGAACAGGCGUUCAAGAAGCUGGAUAAAACUGGUGACGGAGUCAUCGCCACAGAGGAUCUCCGCGGCGUUUACUCGGUCUCUGCAAACCCGAGGUACAAGAGCGGUGAAGAGACCGAAGAACUGAUUAUGAACAAAUUCUUAGCUAACUUUGAGAGCGAGGGCACCGUCGAUGGCAAGGUAACGCUCGAGGAGUUCAUGAACUACUACAGCGGCAUUAGCGUGUCUAUCGACAACGACUGCUACUUCGAUCUCAUGAUGCGGCAGGCCUACAAGCUCUAAAGAUCAGGCCAGAAGCAUGGACCUAAUAUACUACGUCGCUAGAAAGAACUGACUUCUUGGCACGCCGAUUUUUCGAUUAACGCGUUCUCGCACACAAAUUUGGGAUUAGCGGUCGUUGCCUCCAUAUUACGACAAGCAAGAGUGUUCUUCUUAAUUACUUACCUUGGGGUAUCCCAGUCUAGUGCCAGGGCCCGCUUGCCGGUUGGCAUGUGUGCGUGAGAAAUCAGCGUUCCUCGAUGUCAUGACUGUUCCGCUUUAGAUAACGACGUGGUGUACAUUUUUCGUCCAUGGCCAGAAGUCUUCGCCAAAUGUCCAUACAAUUUGGACAAACAUAGCUCAGCACAAUUCACACACACUUUAAGGCUUUUGUCGAAACGAUGGAUGUCGAGCACUCGGUCACUAUGAUUUAUUCAAUAUUAUUAAUGGUAAAGAUUUAUUUAUUUAACAAAUUAUCUAUGUUUGAAACAUGCGGUGUUUCCUAUUAAUUAAAUAUUUUAAGUAAAAUA